UGACAAAGCCCCUCAGUCCCCUGAUUUACUCCUCCAGCUCCUCCAGCGGCGUUUAUUAACGACCUCACAUCCACGAGAGAACAUCUCAAGGACUCUCCGUGAGUUUCACCUGCUUACAGAAGUCGAACUUGAUUUAUUGGAGCUGUUUUUAUAACGUAGGAUCUCACGGGAAUAAAAUGACGGAAAAACACUGGAGUUUUGCCGGCGUGUGGCUGCUGCUGUGUCUGAACACUGUGGUUUCAGGAUCUUUCCCACAGGCUCAGGCAGUCACUUGGGUUUCUUACAAUUUUAAGACAAUAUUAACGUGGCGCCCUAAACCAGUAAACUACUCUUACACCGUGGAGUUCUCAAAAUUUGGGGGAGACAAUCAACGGACCUCUCAUUGCAUUCAGAUGAAUAAAACUGAAUGUGAUCUCACAGUCGAAUUUGCAGAUCUGAAGAGCAAGUACACAGCAGACGUUCUGUCCGAACCUUUGCCGGGCGUGUCCUUUGAUUCCCCCGAGUUCCCACGCACGCCUUCUGAUCAGUUCUGCCCUUAUCAAGACACCUUUAUUGGCAGUCCUAAAUUUAAGAUCGAGGUGAGCAAGGACGAACGGAUGACAACCCUCUACAUAGAAGAUAUUCCAACAGCACUCCUUGAUGCACAGAAGAAGACACGAACAAUUCAGGAUAUCUUUCAAAAUGACUUGCAAUACAUAGUCACUUACAAUAAAGCCAAGAGCUCUGGAAAGAAAGUGAAGAUGAGUGCAAGCAACCAGGUAGAGCUACCAGACCUGGACAGAGGGGUGAGUUACUGCUUCACUGUGCAAGUCCAAAUUCCCUCCAGAGGCAGUAAAAAUCAGCUUGGAGAGUUAAGUCAGGUUCAGUGCUCUCCAGGUAACACGUCUUUUUUUGAAGAAUACAGCAUUGGGGUGAUUGCUGGAUGUAUCCUGGCCAUCCUUGUCAUCAUAUCAACGCUGAUUGUUGUCAUAGUUAUUUGUUGCAAUCGACGUCAGAAACGAGAUAAUGAGAAGAAUGAGGGGGUACCUUUAAAGGGUGUGUGAAAACUCACACUCAUGGGAAUACACGGUACUGGAGUUAACAUUUCUUGUUGAACAUUACAGUGUUAAACACUGUAAUUCAUUUAGUUUCUGUGAAACUAAACAAGGUAGACAUAACACAGGAUUUACUAUUUAACAAAUGUCUGCAGAUGUACAUUUUUUGCGGGUUUUUUCUGUCGGUACGUUCAAUCACUGGGAUUCCAUACUGUUUUAUAUUUUAUAUUUCAUAAGCACUACCUAACAACAGUACUACUUUUAUAAUAGAUGCUUUAUUUUUGUAGUUUACAUAAGUGAUCUGUAUAUUAGUUUAGUAAAAAGAUAUUUAUUGUUUUGCAGUUUGCUGAUUUAAUUGAUGUUAAAUUAACAUACAAUAUAUAAAAGAAAUGAGAGAUUUAUAUUGCAUACAUACAUCUUUGGAUAAACAACUGGGGAAAAUAGCAAUGGACAUUAAAAUGUUUAUAGAAAUGUGAAAUCUAUAGUAAAAGGUACAGAACUUUUUUUAUUAUUAUUAUUAUUUAAGGUUAAGCUACAAAUAAAUUCUCUUUGUUCAUGUA